GAGAGAGAGAGAGCAAGAGCAGAGAAGAGAGAGACCACAAACCACAGCAAUGGCGGGGGAGAAGAAUAAGGGUCUGCAGCUGCUGGACUUCUGGGUCAGCCCGUUCGCGCAGCGCUGCCGCAUCGCGCUGGCGGAGAAGGGCCUGCCGUACGAGCCCCUGGAGCAGGACCUCUCCAACAAGGGCGAGCUCCUCCUCCGCGCCAACCCCGUCCACGGGAAGGUCCCCGUGCUCCUCCACGGCGGCCGCCCGAUCUGCGAGUCCCUCGUCAUCCUCCACUACCUCGACGAGGCGUUCCCGGAGGCGGCGCCGGCCCUGCUCCCCUCCGACCCGCGCGCCCGCGCGCACGCUAGGUUCUGGGCGGACAUCGCGGACAGGAAGGUGUUCGAGUGCGGGACCCGGCUAUGGAAGCUCAAGGAUGGGGAGGCGCGGGCGCGGGCGCGAGGGGAGAUGGUGGAGGCCCUGCGGGCCCUGGACGCCGAGCUCGGGGACAAGCCCUACCUCGCCGGCGAGGCGUUCGGGUUCGCCGACCUCGCCGUCGUGCCGUUCGCGGCGUGGUUCCCCGGCUACGCGCGCCUCGGGGAGUUCAGCCUCGAGGAGGUGUGCCCGAGGCUGGCGGCGUGGGCGGAGCGGUGCGGCGAGAGGGAGAGCGUCGCCAGGAACAUGCACCUGCCGGAGAAGGUGUGCGAGUUCAUCGCCUAUCUCAAGGACAAGUACGGUGACAAGUAAAGCGACGGAUCGGAUCCGUCGCGAUUCAAGCUGCGGAUUGCUCUGCAUGUGCGAGAACUGAAUAAAGGAUUCUCGUCUAUGCUCUGUUCUUGUGGCUGUUGGCCAUUGCUCAUCGUUAUAGGCUGAUUGAACAAAGGAUUUGUUUGUCUGCUUAUCUUGGUUUUAUAGCAACUUCAUCGUCUGUUGCAUCUAUACUGGCAUUGGCUAACGCUGAAAUUGUCACGGCUGGCCUACAAAGCUGCUGAUCACUUUCGCACUCCGCUCUGAUCAUGACACGAGUGGCCUUUGCAUGGGGCAUUCGACAGGAAAAUGGUUGCUCUAACUUUGAUUCCUCUACAUUUGGAUCAUUAACACGUGGGUUCGGAUCCACGUGCCAGGGCCAAAGUCAGAAAAGCCCCG